CAGCGAGCGGCGCCCGGGUCUGCAGCGGCGCCGGGUCCGAGCGCGCGGCGCGGCGGCGGGGGUCGGGGCCGGGCCGGGGACCGGGGACCCGGCAUGGCGCUGCGGAGAGGCGGCGGCGGGGCGCUGGGGCUGCUGCUGCUGCUGCUGCUGGGCGCCGCGUGCCUGAUCCCGCGGAGCGCGCAGGUGAGGCGGCUGGCGCGCUGCCCCGCCACUUGCAGCUGUACCAAGGAGUCCAUCAUCUGCGUGGGCUCUUCCUGGGUGCCCAGGAUCGUGCCGGGCGACAUCAGCUCCCUGAGCCUAGUAAAUGGAACUUUUUCAGAAAUCAAGGACCGAAUGUUUUCCCAUCUGCCUUCCCUGCAGUUGCUACUGCUGAAUUCUAACUCAUUCACCGUGAUCCGUGACGAUGCAUUUGCUGGACUUUUCCAUUUGGAAUACCUGUUCAUCGAAGGGAACAAAAUAGAAACCAUUUCAAGAAAUGCCUUCCGCGGCCUCCGGGAUCUGACUCACCUUUCUUUGGCCAAUAACCACAUUAAAGCGCUACCAAGGGACGUCUUCAGUGACUUAGACUCUCUGAUUGAACUGGAUUUAAGGGGUAAUAAAUUUGAAUGUGACUGCAAAGCCAAGUGGUUGUAUCUGUGGUUGAAGAUGACCAAUUCCACCGUCUCCGACGUGCUGUGCUCUGGCCCACCAGAAUACCAGGAGAAGAAGCUGAACGAGGUGGCCAGCUUCGACUACGAGUGCACAACCACAGAUUUUGUUGUCCACCAGACUUUGCCCUACCAGUCUGUGUCGGUGGACACGUUCAACUCCAAGAACGACGUGUACGUGGCCAUCGCGCAGCCCAGCAUGGAGAACUGCAUGGUUCUGGAGUGGGACCACAUCGAGAUGAACUUCCGGAGCUACGACAAUAUCACAGGCCAGUCCAUCGUGGGCUGCAAGGCCAUCCUGAUCGAGGACCAGGUCUUCGUGGUGGUGGCCCAGCUCUUCGGCGGCUCCCACAUUUACAAAUACGACGAGAGCUGGACCAAGUUCGUCAAGUUCCAGGACAUAGAGGUGUCGCGCAUCUCCAAGCCCAACGACAUCGAGCUGUUCCAGAUCGACGCGGAGACGUUCUUCAUCAUCGCGGACAGCUCCAAGGCCGGCCUGUCCACGGUGUACAAGUGGAACAGCAAGGGCUUCUACUCCUACCAGUCGGUGCACGAGUGGUUCCGCGACACGGACGCCGAGUUCGUGGACAUYGAUGGCAAGUCGCACCUCAUCCUGUCCAGCCGCUCCCAGGUCCCCAUCAUCCUCCAGUGGAAUAAAAGCUCCAAGAAGUUCGUCCCCCACGGUGACAUCCCCAACAUGGAGGACGUGCUGGCUGUGAAGAGCUUCAGGAUGCAGAACACGCUCUACCUGUCCCUCACCCGCUUCAUAGGGGACUCCCGGGUCAUGAGGUGGAACAGCAAGCAGUUCGUGGAGAUCCAGGCGCUCCCCUCCCGGGGGGCCAUGACCCUGCAGCCCUUCUCCUUUAAAGAGAACCACUACCUGGCGCUGGGCAGCGACUACACCUUCUCACAGAUCUACCAGUGGGAUAAGGAGAAGCAGCUGUUCAAAAAGUUCAAGGAGAUCUACGUGCAGGCCCCUCGUUCCUUCACUGCCGUCUCCACCGACAGGAGGGAUUUCUUUUUUGCAUCCAGUUUCAAAGGGAAAACAAAGAUUUUUGAACACAUCAUUGUCGACUUAAGUUUGUGAAGGGUGACAGGUGGGUUUAAAAGACUUGUGGCAUUAGCCCUCAGAAGAGAGGACCAGGAAGAAAUAAUAAAAUACAAUAAGCCAGGCUCAGAGCUCUGAAAUGACAAUCUCAAUUGCACUGGGGAAAUAAUUAGAAGUUUUCCGACUUUUAGGACUCACAUUUUAAUCAGGGAUUGCAUUUAUUGGCUAACCGCAUGAGAUGCCCAUUCUACCAUUUAAAAAGACAUCUCAAAACCUGUAAUUUCUGAGAGUACAGCAUUUCCUCUUGCCAUCUAGAAAGUAAUGUGCUUUUUUUUUUUCUUUCUUUUUAAUGAGGAAGGAGAAAAUUGAACAAGACGGGAUAGUUCUUAUAGCAAAAUUUAAAAAAAAGAAAAAGAAAAAGAAAAAGAAAACCAAACUCAUGGACCCUUCUCAUUUCAUUUCAGCAAUCUUUUUGGUAAGAACUGUUAAAGCCAAAGUCAGCUGAAAAGAUUUGCUGAUGAUUAGUUUAAAAAUCUUAAACCACUCAGCAGUGCUAUUUUGAGCCAUCCUAGUUUCCUGAAAGGAUCGCCCAGCUUUCCCGAGUCCUCCUGCAUUCCAGAACCUCGGCUCUUUGCUGGCUUAUACCACGGGAUAUUUGUCCUGGGUGUGUUCACAGUGUAAAGCUGGACAUUGCUUGCUUUGCCGCAGAGACAACGUCUGGCGACACCUGUCCAGGCCCAGCAUGGGCUGCGGGCCCUGCAGUGAGACAAAGGACUUCCUCCCUCCCCUGGCGUGGUUCAAAGCUGACCCUUGCGGUGGCCGGAGCAAUAAUGCUUGCUUGAUGUGCUCUGUGACUCCUCUGCUUCCCCAACCCCUCCUUUGUGUUUGUGGGUAACUAGCAGACAGGCCAAAGAAUGAAAGGUGCUUUUUACUCUGUCCUUUAGCGGGACGGAGCAGCUAUUGCCAUCUGAUGUGCGUUUGGUAGAGUUUUUGAAGUGAGAAUUUAUGGAGUCCAAGGGGACUAUACACAGAUCUCGUUGUGCUUUGAAACUCAGAGGUGGCCCUUUGGUUUGUGCAUGUCUUUGCCCUUUGGGUAACUUAAUAUUUCAAGUGAUUGAGUAGCAGCCUGCCUACCUGCCCCCAGCCUACCUCCCUCCUCCUAGGACAGUCCUGCCCUGUUGAGUUGCUGGUCUCGCUGCUGCUUGAGCAGCCCUGUUGAAGGUGCUGCAGCCAUCAAAUCACCAGCUGGGCGUUUAUAACGGGGACGCACCCUCUUCUCCUAGUGCUUUAGCAAGGAGACCCCAGGAGCCCCACACUCGGCAGAGGGCCUCGUUGGUGGUGGGACRUCAUGGACAGGCAGGACUUCCAGGCUGAGCAGGAGAGAGCAGSUAGAACCAGACUAGCUGAAUCCCAUAGACAGGUCUGUGCUCCGGGACCAGGUGGCCUGUCUCAAACUGGCUUCUGGUGUGGACAUCGGGGAAGCACAGGGGUCUGCUUUUGUGGGAGUGUCCUAGGGGAUGUUCUGCCUGGGUGGCUGCUUCUCUUCAGAGGGUAGGAGGUGGAUGCUUUAGUCGGAGAUUUGCAAAGAGUACCCCAGCAACUCCUUCCAGCCCUGAAAUUUGCAAUUGCAGGGUGGGAUUAGGUUUUAAUGAUUAUUGGCCACAUCAUGAGUAGGUGGAUGUCUUGCCCCAAAUGUGAAUGUGUUUGUUGUUUUUUGACUUUGAGCAACGCAGACUGAGCAGUCAAUGGCACUCAGAGAAUGAGACGCUGGUGUUGCAUCAGCAUUCUUGGGAACAUUCUGGAACCGAAGGCCAAGGCUUGCCACCCAGGAAGCCGGGGGUUUAGGGAACCAGCUCACCCACGGUCCAAAGUGUGGUUUUUGCAACUCUUCUACUAAAUACCAAGCAAACAGAGAAAAGUGGUUUGUUUUCAUUUUUGAACACAAAGCCCUUUUCUGCAUUCUUUGCAGUCUUGGUUAAUUUGAAUGGCCUACAGAUGCCCAGAUCUCCACAUCGCAGGCUGCAGGUGGGACAGCUCAGCUAUCGCUCCAGCUGUGAUGACAGGCYAACUCUUCCCGGUGCAUGGAACCCCUCAGACAGGCCAGGGUGGAGAAACAGGCCCUGGGCAAGCAGUAAGGGGCCACCGAGACAGUGCCUGCCUUUGUGCCAGGUUGAAAGGAUGUUCCAGGUUCCAGCCAUUAGUUCAUAGAAGAGGCAGAURGGACAUCUUUCUGUAGUGCCACCUCGGCAUGGUAAAACUGUGGACUGGGCACCACACUGGGAACCAUUUCUUAGCAUUGGAGAACCAGGGAGCAGCAGGUGCUGGGCUUGGGGUGGGGGCUUGUUGAAUCCA